CGUUGGUCCGUCUGGGCGCCACAGGCCGACCCCAGGGCGUUCAGGGAACCUGAGCGCCAGGCCAGGGUUGGGCAGUGCUUGGGGGCGCAGAGACGCGAACUUAGAGCAGGCGAAUGGGACCCGAGAACCGGAGGGGGCUCCCAUAGGUGGCGCAUCCCGGGGCGGGGCCGGUAUUGGAGGAGGCGUGGAGAGCAGACGCUCAGUAUCCCGCACGCCCGGGACGCGGCGAGAACGGGAGUCGGACGGUUGGGUGAGCGCGGGUACGUCCCGUGGUGACGGGAACCGGACUUAGGGAACCACGGAGAGGCCGGAGGACCGGCGAGGGUGGCUGCGCUCCUCGAACUGGUCCUGGCCGGCCUCCGGGCUGCCCUGAGCAGGGCAGGAAGAGACCCUGCCGUAGCUCUUACUGCCAUCUAACUUGCCUGAUUCCUGAGCCACCUCACCCUGGAUGAACUGAAAUGCCGCCCAGCUGUCUUAUGGCGUCUGAUUUUCCUGCCACCGCCCCAGCCAAACACUGAAGGAAGUGCACACGGGAGCCAAGGGAAGGACCCAAGGACCAGACCGAAAGCGCAGAUCCUAAAGUCUUUGAAAACCACCAGGUGGCAGCUGGCUCUCAGGACAGUCUCAGAGGACACAUCCUUCUUUAAGGCUGUCGGCUCAGGGCCGGCGGGGACCAGGCAGCACCGAGUUCCCUGCGGUCCAGCGGCUGUCUGGCACAAAACAGGUGCCCCGGAAGCUGAGCUGAGCCAUAAUGCCGCCAGAACCCCCGGAGGGGGCCUGGUUUCUGGAGACUCCGAGUCAGCUGUGCAAAAGCCCUUAGGGAGCCCCCGUCACCGGCAGGCACGCCCUUGACUCCUGGGGGCAGGGGCUCAGGGGCCUGGACGAGGCCGCUGCACUGCAGCUAUGGACCGUGAGCUGGCCCGGCCCGAGUCCUCACCGACCCCGCUCGUCUGUGGACAAGCCACCAUGGGCUCCUCGGUGUACAUCGUGGUGGAGCUGGCCAUCGCCGUGCUGGCCGUCCUGGGCAACGUGCUGGUGUGCUGGGCGGUGUGGCUGAACAGCAACCUGCAGAACGUCACCAACUACUUCGUGGUGUCCCUGGCGGCCGCCGACAUCGCGGUGGGGGUCCUCGCCAUCCCCUUUGCUAUCACCAUCAGCAUAGGGUUCUGCGCCGCCUGCCACAGCUGCCUCUUCUUUGCCUGCUUCGUCCUGGUCCUCACACAGAGCUCCAUCUUCAGCCUCCUGGCCAUCGCCAUUGACCGCUACAUCGCCAUCCGCAUCCCACUCCGGUACAAUGGCUUGGUGACCGGUGCAAGGGCCAAGGGUAUCAUUGCCGUCUGCUGGGUGCUGUCCUUUGCCAUCGGCCUGACACCCAUGCUGGGCUGGAACAACUGCAGCCGGCCGAAGGAGGACAGGAACCACUCGAAGGGCUGCCGGGAGGGCCAGGUGGCCUGCCUCUUCGAGGACGUGGUGCCCAUGAACUACAUGGUGUUCUACAACUUCUUCGCGUGUGUGCUGCUGCCCCUGCUGCUCAUGCUGGGCAUCUACCUGCGCAUCUUCCUGGCGGCCCGGCGGCAGCUGAAGCAGAUGGAGAGCCAGCCCCUGCCCGGGGAGCGGGCUCGGUCCACGCUGCAGAAGGAGGUCCACGCGGCCAAGUCGCUGGCCAUCAUCGUGGGGCUCUUUGCCCUCUGCUGGCUGCCCCUGCACAUCAUCAACUGCUUCACCUUCUUCUGCCCUCAGUGCAGCCACGCGCCCCCCGGGCUCAUGUACCUGGCCAUCAUCCUCUCCCACUCCAAUUCCGUGGUGAAUCCCUUCAUCUACGCCUACCGCAUCCGUGAGUUCCGCCAGACCUUCCGAAAGAUCAUCCGCAGCCACAUCCUGAGGCAGCGGGAGCCCUUCAAGGCAGGCGGCACCAGCGCCCGGGCCUUGGCAGCUCACGGCAGCGACGGAGAGCAGAUCAGCCUCCGCCUCAACGGCCACCCUCCUGGGGCGCUGGCCAACGGGAGCGCCCCCCACCCUGAGCGGCGGCCCAAUGGCUGCACCCUGGGGCUGGUGAGUGGAGGGGGCGCCUGCGAGUUCCAUGGGGACACAGGGCGUCCCGAUGCGCAGCUCCUCAGCCACGAGCUCGGGGGAGCACACCCAGAGUCUCCCGGCCUCGAGGGCCCCCUGGCCCGAGAUGGAGCAGGAGUAUCUUGAUGAGCCACUGAGUUGGCCCCUUCCAAAGGGAAGGAAGUCUUUCUCUUUCUGGUUGGAGGAACCAGCCCCGGUGGGAGAAGAGUAAAAGUGCUGGGAGACCCUUCUUGUGGCUGGUUCCCACUUUGGACUAAGGAGGGAGCCCUGGCUGGCGCAGCAUGAGGCCCAGCCGGGAGGCUUUUGAGUCCGAGGAAGCGGACGUUUCAGGCUGGGAGACCCUGCGCCCGGCCAGGGCCACAGCACCAGAGCAUCUUGGCCGGGCAAGGCCUGGUCCCCACUCGAGAAACAUGCAGAAGUGCCACCUUAUGUUCUGCAGAGCAGCUGUGGCGGAGCAGGCUGGCCGGCCCUGAGGCGGGGGAAGGCUCCGCAGGUCCCCCAACACUCACACCACCCUCCCCAGAUGUUCCCAGGGUUCAGGAGCUGCUUCGCCUGGAGGUAGCGUUUGAUGUAUUUUCCAGGAGAAAUUGCAAGCUUGAGGGUGUCCUUUUUACCGCUGUCCCUCCCUGGCCACGGGGGCUGGUGUCAGUCCUCUGCCAACCCCAGGAGUAGGCCCAGGGAGCCCAGGCGGCCGUCCCACCCUUUGUACUUCUUACCCCUCCAGUCCCGGGUGGUCUCUUAGGGCGGCUGGGCUGGGCUGGGCUGGGCUUGCAGAGGCGGAGUGGUGAGGGAGCUGCGCCAGCGGGUGGGCUCCGGGGAGGGGGUCCCUGGCCGGCCAGGGGGUGAGCCUGGGUAGGUCAGAGCUGCCCAGACAGGGGCCCUACCUAACUGCCUUUCUGAAGGGAAUGUUUUUUUUUUCCUGAGAUAAAAUAAAAAUCAAGCCAUGUUGUGUUUUAAGCUUG